AUGCUAAAUCCCAACCAAACGAUUGGAAGAAGAACACCCUCCAUCAUCACACCCUCUGCAUCAUUUCAAGAUAUAUCAGAGUUACGGAAUCAAGAAGAAGAACAUGAUUUUGAAAUUUUGACAACUAGCAAUGCAAAUUCAUCAAAUCAAAAAUUACAUUUUAAAAUUAUUGUAUUAGGAGAUUGUGAAUGCGGAAAAACGAAUUUAAUUAAUCGAUAUAUAUCAAAUUCAUAUGAAAGAAAGCAUGUGCCAACUGUCAUUGAAUCUUAUUCGACAAAUGUCAGCAGUAAUGGACAAGAUUUUCAUAUAGAAUUGUGGGAAUUGAGUAGUUUAAAGAAUUAUGAUGAACUGAGACCGCUUUCUUAUUCAAAUGUUGAUUUAUUUUUUCUAUGUUUUGACAUUUCAAAACCUUCAACUUUACAAUCAAUUAAAAAGAAAUGGAUUCCAGAAAUUCAGAAAUAUUCACCAGAUGCUUCAUUUUUAAUUGUUGGAUGUAAAUCUGAUCUAAGAAGAAAAUAUAGACUUUCCCUAAAUGCAAAUAGUUUAGAACAAAUGAAAGAAUUGGACGAAUUGACUAGUAGCGAUGUAGGAUCUGAAUUUUCACCUUCUAGUUCUAGAACUAGUUCAAAUGCUAAUUCUAGAAGUAAUUUUAGUUCACCAAUGCAAUCUCCUAUUCGUGAUUCAAGUCAUUAUCACCAACCGUUGGGAUAUUCAGCAAGUAGUGGUGGUGGAUUUGCUCAUCACGAUCCACGUAGAGAUUCUCAUAUUAGUAUAAGUAGUAGUUUGAGUUCGACGAGUAGUAAUAGUCAAACAAAAUCUACUAGUAGUUCAUCAUUUAAAUUUAAGAGAAAUAUUGGGAGUGUUCUAUUGAGUGCUAUUGGAAAGAGUGGUUCGAAACAACAACUCACCGACGCACAAUCAUCACCAAUAAGUGAUACUUUUGAAUCUGCUUCACCACAACAACAGUCAACUAUGAAUACAAGUCAGAAUAGUGGUGCUAGUAGUUCUACAUCAUUUGUUUUGGAAAUUUCAGAUAUUGAACUAACAGUUCCACAAAAUUCUCCAAAAACUGCUAGGUCUAGAGGUAAAUCAACAACUGCACGAUCCAGGUCAAUGCCAACCAAUGAUUGGAAGGACUAUAUUGAUUCUAGAAAAUCAGUAGCAACUCCUAGCACUCCAAUUGAUGAAAAUUCAUUUAAAACACCAAGAGAAACAUUCAUGGAACAAGAUUGUGAUAAUUCACCACGAGAUAAUUCAAUCGCUGAAAAUUGUGUAACAUUUGUAGAAGCUAGGAGAUUUGCAACCAAGGUUGGUGCUUGUUGCUAUAUUGAAUGCAGUGCCAAAACCACUCUAGAUUUCAAGUCAGUUAUCAAUGAUGGUUUUACUCAAUUCUUGGAAAAUAGAACAAAACGAAAGAAAUCUUGCUUAAUAAUGUAA